ACAGUUCGGGUAACAUGUGAGAAGUUUGGUUAGGUUUUGGAGAGCUUAUUAAAAAAAUAAAGUAUAUUUUUGAAGUGUCUAACGCGCCAUGCGGGAACGGUCGCUCCCCGCCUCUCCCAACUGGUACUGCUCACGCUGUAGUGAUGUCAGCAGCAGUGGUUUGCUGGGCGUCGGAGCCAAAAACAUCAUCUACUUGAUAGAUGUGUGUGCAUCUUCGUGCAGAGUUGCAGGUGAGCUCGUGGGCCAUAAAGAUUUGGUGUCCGGCUUUUCGUUUUGCCAGCAUGCAGGGCAGAGUCACAUCUGUGUCAGCUCCUCCGGCGAUGGCAGUGUUCGCUUCUGGGACUCGGACAGUAAGGCUCUUAUUAGGGAGCACGCAGCUCAUCAGAGCCCUGUGUCAGCGGUGCACUGGUCCCCUGUGGAUAAAAACCUGGUGGUGUCUGGGGAUGAGAAAGGUGUCGUGGUCUGUCACUGGUACCACACGGGAGACACAGCCAGCUUCUUUCCUGAGCCCAGAACCAUCUUCUGCCUCACCUGCUCUCCUCAUACGUGGAACUACGUGGCUGUUGGGUACAAAGAUGGGAUGAUCGUGCUGAUUGAUGUGAGCAAGAAAGGCGAGGUGAUUCACCGCCUCCGCGGACAUGAUGAUGAGAUCCACUCAUUGGCGUGGUCACCUCUACCCUGUGAGGAUGCCCUCUACACCAGACCUGAAGAUGGUGAAGCAACCAAUGGAGUAUCUGGAGGAGAGGGCUGCUAUCUCGCAUCUGGGAGCAAAGAUCAGACUGUAAGGCUCUGGAGUACAGCGAAGGGAAAAGGUUUCAUGACUCUGAAGCUGCCCUACCUGAAGAAGAGGGGCACUGCAGUCGACCCGGGGGUCAAAGAGAGGCUCUGGCUCAGUGUUCAUUGGCCAAAGGGACGACCGACGCAACUCGUGUCCAGUUGCUUCAGUGGUGAGUUGGUGAUGUGGGACUUAACCAAGUCAGGGAAGCAGAGGUGGACCCUGUUCGGCACAUCCUCAGAGGGUCAGAACCACAGCAGGAUCGUCUUCAACAUGAGUUCAGUUUACCCGCAGGAUGGCAGAGAGCUGCUCAUCAGCACUUCCAUGGAUAGAGAGAUUAAAUGCUGGGACCUGGCUUCUCUGGAGUGCUGCUGGACCUUACCCACCCUGGGUGGUUUCGUCUAUGCCCUGACCUUCUCCCCUGUGGGUACAGGCUGUCUGGGGCUUGGUAUCGGUGACAACAUGAUCCGGGUGUGGAACACGCUGACCACUCAGAACCAGUAUGACACCAGGUCCUUCUGGCAAGGCAUCAAGUCCAAAGUCACAGCGCUGGCGUGGCACCCAGCAAAAGAGGGGUCCUUGUCUUUCGGAACAGAUGAUGGAAAAGUUGGUAUCUACGAUGUCUUCUCGAGCAAGCCUCCUCAGAUAUCGAGCUCCUAUCACAGAAAAACGGUGUACACAUUGGCCUGGGGACCCCCAGUCCCCCCAAUGUCAUUUGGUGCAGCAGGAGGAAAGCGGUGCUACAGCCUGUACAGUUGCGCUGGUGAGGGCGUCAUACUGCAGCAUGAUCCAUGCAAACUGAAUGGAGAGGCAUCGGAUAUCGACAAGCUCAUCAGAGAUACUAACAACAUCAAGCACAAGCUGUCUCCACACACCGACCUCAGCUGGAAGCCAGAUGGGAAAGUUGUUGCCAUCGGCAAUGAGGAUGGGUGCAUCGACGUGUAUCAGGCCCCCGGCCUGAAGUUGCUGUGCAGCAUCCAGCAGCACCACAAGAUCAUCAACACAUUACGGUGGCAUCAUGACCACAGCUCUCCAUCUGAGCUGCACUGUCUCCUGGCAUCAGGCUCCAGUAAUGCCAUUGUCUACGUGCACGAUCUCCAUUCCAUUAUAGAAAAUCCUCCAGAGAGUCCCGUGGUGCUGACGGAGCCGUAUCGCAGAUUGUGUGGCCAUACAGCUAAAAUCACCAGCAUGGCCUGGAGUCCGCACCACAGCGCUCGACUGGUCACCGUCUCCUAUGACGGCACAGCCCAGGUGUGGGACGUUCUGGAGGAGGCAGCUGUCUCUAACUACAGAGGACACGUUGGUUAUCUGUUGUGUGUGGACUGGUCUCCUGUGGAUCCAGAUGUGAUCUGGACUGGAGGGAAGGACUUCACCGUGCAGGAGUGGAGCGUCUCCAAACAAGAGUUUACAAAGCCGCCUAAAGGGAAAAAGAUGGUCGAUCUGAAAGAGAAGAUGAAGGCUAAUCCCAAGCAGAAGAAGAAGAACAAGAAGGGUGGGCCACCAGGGGCCGAAGGAUCUGUGCAGCCAGAGAUUAACGGAGCGUCUGCGACAGUAGGAGAGAAGGUGGCGACGGGACAGGAGCUGUCUGGUGAAGAUGAGGAAGAUGAAGCCAGCUCAACAUGCAGCCCAGCAGCUUCACCAGCCACUUUUGAGAUGCAAAGAAAAUCGUCUGCUGCUGUAAAGAGUAAAGACAAGCCAGACUUAAUUGGGUUGAAGAAGAAAAAACCUCGCUCCAUGUUGCCUCUCAGUACAUCCAUGGAUCAUCGUCCCAAAGACGAGCUGCUGCAGGACUGCAUCACUCUGGCUUCUGUCAGACAUAACAAUACUCCCCCCACAGGCUGUGUCCCAGGCCAGGGAGAUCAUAUCCAUCUGGGCCUGUUUGCUGACAGACAGGCUCUGUACCGCAUGUUUGAUGCAGAAGAGGAGGGCCAUGUGGAGGCGGGUCACUUCGACUCUGUAGCGUACCUGAGGCUGUGGACUGGAGACCUGGAGGGGGCGCUGCAGCUCGCCACAGAGAAAGGAGAGCUGAACGACCACCUGCUCUCCAUCGCUCCUAUGGCUGGGUUUGAGGUGUGGAGCCGGACAGUGGAGGCCUUCGUCAAGCAGCUGUGUCUGCAGGAGCAGUACCUGAAGGCAGCGUCCCACCUGCUGUCCAUCAACAAACUCUACGAGGCAGUCAACCUGCUGCGCUCUCAUAAGCUCUACAGGGAGGCCAUUGCGCUGGUUAAAGCCCGGCUGCCGGCUGACGAACCCCUUCUGAAGGAGUUGUACACUUGUUGGGCUGCAGUGCUGGAGAAAGAUGGACAUUUCUCUGCAGCAGCUAAGUGCUACCUCGCUGCUGAUGCCAGCUUUGAUGCAGCCAAGGUCAUCGCCAGGAAGAAUGACGUCUCGUCACUGAGGGCUGCGGCCAGUUUAGCGAGUAUCUCAGGAGAGGCCGCUCUGGCUCAGUCUUUGGCGCUGAGAUGUGCCAAAGACCUGGCAGCCGCUCGAGAUUGGGUCGGAGCGCAGGAGGUCCUGAGUUCACAAGACAGCCUCCUGGUCCACAGACUCCAUCUCUGUGUAGCUGAGCUGCUGGUUGCGAUGCUGGGAGACUCUGAAGUUAGCCCUGCAGCAUCCUGCGUCUCCAGUCAUCUGUGGGCAUCGCCGGGUGGACGUCACAUUAGCAUCACGGACCGAGUGAGAGAUGUGUGGGAGGAGCAAUUUAAGGUUUCACAUCAGAGUGUUGGAGCACUUCUGCAGGAGCUGAAAUCUGCAGAGAGUCCAGCACCCACUGCUAACAUUCCCCUCAGACAGGUCCUGCUGUAUUCAUCCCUCCAUCUGACCCGUGCUGUGCUGAGCUGGUUACUGGAAGAUGAUGAUCAGCUGGUGAAGGAGCUAUGGCAGGUGGUGGCUUGGCCGAGAGAGGCCGGACACUUCUGUGUCUCUACAGACCUCUGCAGGCUGCUGUUCCCAGAUGGUGAUGUCAGUGUUUGUUCCAGGAAACAUCCCAAAGCUCUUUGUCACACAGAAGAAGAAGCCAAAGCUGCUGCCAGCAGUCUACAGGCUUUUGUCCAUUACUAUCAUCUGUAUGAUUGCUGGUGGAAGACCUCAGCAGCCAGCCGGGAGAUCCAGAACGGGCUCUGCCUGUCAGGAGCUGAUUUGUCUCCUGAAGAUGUGGUGAAGGAUGAAGAGUCCAACAGAGGGCGGUUGGAGUCAGCAGAGACUUCCUGUCCUGUGGGAGGGAAGUUUGAUAAACUGGACUUUGAUGCAUCACUCCUGCUGUCUGAGUCUCAUGCUGCCUGCCAGGCCACCCAGAGAUCUGUGAGAGAGAUCCAGCAGAAGCUGGGCGCCAUGGUGCUGCAGCACAGCCAAACCCAGGGAGGGCAGCUCGACUCUGGGGAGAAACAGCAUGAAACCCCUGCAGUGAUUUUCUCCAGAGACUCAUCAGACAAUCAGGACUCUGUUAAUGUUGAUCAAGGUUCUGGGGACCAAGAGACUCUGCUGUCUUUGUCCGCCAAGAUGUCCAAGCAUCAGAAAGAGCUGGCUGAGCUGCCCAGCACACUCAAGAUGUACCCUCACCCAGAUGUUGUGGAGUGUUGUCUGGUUCUUCUGCAUUUCAGCAAGCCUUCAUCAUCUUUCUCAGACUCGCUUCAACAAGAAGCUAAAAAUCUGCUCCAUAAAUAUGGAACAAGUCCCUCUGUCCUGAAAGCCUCACAGCGAUUCCUCAUCUGAUUAGUUUGGGAACCCACCUGCUGGUCUGACUUAAUAUCUCUGUUGCUACGUGCAACAAAGUAAACAAAGGCUGUACAUUUACACUUCUGUACAUUUCUUUUUGAAUUAAAAACAAACCAUUAACAACAAAGUCACAAAACAUCCAGAAUCAGUUUGAUUCCACAUCUGAAAGUGUGUGCAGGAGGUUCACUGAUUCUGGAGCUGGAACAGAUGUAGUGUUUCCUGCAACAGACAAUAAAUGAUAAUAGCUAAAGUGGCAGA